AGGGUUGUGUGUAAGUAAACCAAAUUGUAAAUAAAGUCAAUUUUUGUUAAUUCAGCUUACAGCUUAAUGUAACGAUUGUACAACUCAGACUAAAUGGGCGUGCAUAUCUCUGAUUAAGUUGCCCUAUUAAGUUCGUUUCGUUGACGGUAUCAUCCAAAAACUCGCGUGCCCAUGCGAUUAGAUUUAGAUUUAAAGCUUCCAUUUGAAAUAUACAUACAUAUGUACACGUCGAUGUUGCCUAGUCGUAAACCUAUAUCGCUCAGUUAGAGACCACCACUGGACGCGAUUGCUUCAAUACUUUGCGGCUAGCUAGCUGACCGAUAGUCUUAUCGAGAAAAUGCGGAGGGAAAAUGGAAGACUCUGGGGAACCCUACACGAAGGUAAAUUUGAGGUUCGCAGUGUCACACAAUCUGACCUGGAAGAGGCGCUAGAUGUGCUUGAGGGCUCAUUUUUUCUUAAUGAAUCGGUGUGCAUUGCCUGUGAAAUUAAUUUGCCGGAAAAUCGUCAAGCCCGUUUGGAUUUGCGGGAGUUGUGCAGAAAAACCGCUCUGGAUGGUGUUUCUUUGUUAGUUAAAGAGGCGGAUACUGGUCGUGUUGUGUCAGUGUCGUUUAACAAAAUUCAGUUCGCACCACCACCUGGAGAGGAUCACUUCUUUCUUAAAUUCCGGAAUGAGGACGUUCAAAGUCCUCAGGCAAGGCGUCUAAUGGACUUUAUGAUCGAAGUUGAUGAAAGAAUUGAUGUAUGUGCCAUGUUCAACAUGGUUUGCUUCUGUGAACUGAUGUUUCUGGCCACUUUACCGAGCCACGAGCGAUUGGGUUUGGGACGCUCGUUGUCCCAGUUCACAAUUGAACUGACCAAGGAGCUGGCUGUUGGAAAGGGCCUGGAGGAUAUCGAUGAAAAGUUGAGGUCAAAACGCCCAGCUGCUGUCACCGCACUCUGGACCUCCAGUUUCUCUCAAAAAGUUGGAAAAGCAACAGACUUUAAAGUAAUUAACACGGUUUCUUAUUCGGAGUUUAUGUACAAUGGAAAGAGAUUUGACGAACGAAUCAAUCCUAUACACAAGUUUUGCGAACAUGUGAUCUACAAAUUUUAAAAUAAAAAAAUAA